CUCUCAGUGAGUCAUCAGUGAUAACAAACAGGAAUUUAUUUAUGUCAGAUGUGCCCCCUUUCAUAAUCAUUUGGUGCUCUAUUAUAAUAUUUAGAUAAGCCAUAGAUAAACAUCCAAAGACGACAGUGAUGGCUUGAGUUUGGAAUUUAUUAAAAAUGGAACGUAAUCUCGCUGGCACACCGUGUUUCUUGGGCAUAUUAUUGCUAAUAUGGUUUCAGUUUUGUAUGGUUGAUGUUGUUCAUUCCAGGUCCAUACGAAAUAUGACUGAAUUCAGGAACAAUCGUAGCAGACAUAACGAAGUGCACAAGAUUAAAGUUGCCAAGUUCGACUUUGAGUAUAUAGCUACACCUUUUAUUGUAACCGUUUGGGUGCUGCUUGCAAGUUUAUUAAAAGUUGUAUUCCAUAUGACUGAAAGAUUGUCCAAAGUAUUUCCAGAGUCAUGCAUGGUUAUAUUACUUGGAGUUCUUCUUGGCUGGAUAUUAAAGGUGUCAGGUUUCCAAAAUGUAGCGACAAUUCAAUUUUUUAAUUCUAGAAUUUUCUUUCUGUUUCUAUUACCACCGAUCGUAUUAGAUGCUGGAUAUUUCCUCCACACUCGAGCAUUCUUUGAUAAUAUAGGAACAAUACUUCUUUAUGCUGUGGUGGGAACCAUAUUCAACACAUUCACUGUUGGGUUAACUCUUUAUGCCACAACGGACCUUGGUAUAAAUCUUCUUCAAAUGUUAUUGUUUUCAUGUCUCAUUGCUGCUGUUGAUCCUGUUGCAGUUCUUGCUGUGUUUGAAGAAGUUCAUGUCAAUGAAGUGUUGUAUAUCCUGGUGUUUGGUGAAUCAUUACUAAAUGAUGCUGUAACAGUUGUACUAUAUCGACUUUUUGAAGCCUUGGUUAGCCAACCAUCUGUUUCUGUUGAAGAGGUUUUCAUAGGAGUUGCAGCAUUCUUUGUGGUCAGUAUCGGUGGAAUGAUUAUUGGAGUAUUUUGGGCAUUUUUGACAGCAUUCCUAACGAAAUUCACUGACCAUGUUAGAGUUUUGGAACCAAUCUUUGUUGUAUGUAUGUGCUACAUGUCAUAUUUAACUGCAGAACUUUUUCACUUCUCUGGAAUCAUCAGUAUUGUCACAUGCGCUAUAGUCAUGAAAUCAUAUGUUGAAGCUAAUAUCUCACAAAAAUCAAGAAUUCCAAUGAAAUAUUUUAUGAAGAUGGCAAGUGGUCUUUCAGAUACAAUCAUCUUCAUGAUGUUGGGAGUAGUUCUGUUCGAACACGAACUCGAGUUUCAUGCUUCAUUCGUAUUCCUGACGAUAUUCUUCAUUUUUGUAUAUCGUUGUGUAGGCGUUGUCCUUCUUACUUGGUUGGCAAACAAAUUGCGAUUAAACAAAUUGGGGAAAGUAGAUCAGUUUAUCAUGGCUUAUGGCGGUCUUCGGGGUGCAGUGUCAUUCUCAUUGGCUACUGUUUUAGACGAUGAAAACGUUGCCGAUAAGAAGGAGAUUUUGAUAACCACUACCAUUGCUGUCGUUUUCUUCACAGUCUUUGUUCAGGGAAUCACAAUCAAACCGCUGGUAAAUUUGUUGAAAGUCAAACGUUCUGUAAAGAGAAAAGAAGUAAUGCUGGGUGAAGUCAACGAUAAGAUGCUUGAUCAUUUACUUGGCGGGGUUCAAGAUGUCAUUCAACAUCGAGGUCGAUACUAUUGGAAGAAUCUUUACCAGUAUGUUGAUUUGAAAUACCUGCGCCCGUGGUUCAUGCGCAACCGUUCAGAUCAACAGGCCAUAGAUGAGACUGUUUUAAUGGUCUACAGGAAGAUAUCUUCACGAGAAGUAGGGCCGCCCGAGUAUAAACGUGAAACCAGUGAUCCGAAUGAGGAGCCUGACGAAUUCGAACAUGUUGUCAAAGAUCGACGCCGCUCUUCAGGUGUUUCCCAACCGGAAGAAUGUGAGGGGUUUAAAAAUGUUGUCCAGCAUGUCCAGCUAGCUAUGCUACUUGCAAAACCACAAAAGGGGACUCGCAGAUUUUCAAAAAACAAUAUUGCAGAAGAAUCUGACAUCUGCGAGGAAGCUUUAAGGUUGAGAAGACGCUCUCAGGCCCAGCAAAUGCCCCGUUCAGUUAUCUCCAGAAAAGUCUCCCGCGAGCAACAGAGAGAUCUCGAGGAAAGCGGUACACAUGAACAAAAUGUCAGUACCCACCACAAACGGCAUCAUCGCAAACCCCACCACAAACAUCGAAAACAUGGACGCCAUCACGGCAAGCAUCAGAAAGUUUGUAAACAACUCAGCGACAUCCCUGAAAGUCCUUCAUCCGAUCAUCCACCUGGUGCAGAUACCCCAUCGGGAAGAUAUUCACCCUCGGGACCUGAUGCGCGAGGUGAUAACGCAGAUGGAAGUGAUCAUGAUAUGAAAUCGGCGUCAGACGCAGAACGCGAAGAUUUAUUGCCAAAGUUAGCUGACUUAGAACCCAGUUCUCCUCGACUGGAUAUGAACUUUGGAGGCUUAUCUGAGCCUUCAGUGUCUACACAAGGCAGUUUCUCAGCGGCGGCGGAAGACGGUGUUGAUGAAACUGUCAUGUAACAAUGUUAAUGUUGUUAUGCACUGACCAGUUGUGGUACAUUCCACUAGGAUUCCACAGGAGGGUGAAAGCGCUGUUAAGGGUUCACUGGUUCACACAUACAAUUUUUCAGUUUUCAUUUUAUUUUAUGGGAGCAUUUUCUUUUUCUAAAUUUUGACCAUCUGCAAUAAUAGUCUUCAUAGAAAAAGAUACCAUUCGAACUUGGUGUGUCAUUGUGUGCAGUGAGCUUUGCACCAUGGUAUGGAGUUAGGGAGGGGACAAAAUUCGUUUUAGUUACGUAGGGCUGGUUAACAGUUCGUCGAGUACCACUGAAAUGGUGUCUCUUCAUUGGGAAAUAUAUUGGUGAUAUUUUGGUAAUAUUUGUUUUAAAAAAACAUCAAAAUUAAGAACCCUCUUUCAAGCGAGCGCAUUAUUUGUCUUAGCAAUAAUUCAUCAGAAUGUACCUUCGCCAUAUUUCUAUAAUCUAGUUAUUAGAAUUUACAGGAAGGUCGGUAGUCGGUACAAUAGAAAUCCAAUAAACAGGAUGGUUUCUUUUAAUUUAUACCUCACGUAGGCAUACUUUGUUCUAAACAACGUUAACCAAUAGGUUUUAGGAAGAAUAUUUUCAUAUAGUUUUAGAUGUACAUAUUUUGUCAAA